AGUUUAAGUGAGGGCGGAAGAUGGCGGCGGCCGGGACAGGUCCAGGGGUCCCAGAUGGGGAACCGGAGGGGUCAAACCGCGAUCGCAGUGCUUUUGAAUGCAACAUCUGCCUGGAGCCUGCCAGAGAAGCUGUCAUCGGCCUCUGCGGCCACCUGUACUGCUGGCCUUGUCUUCACCAGUGGCUAGAAACGCGUCCUGAGCGUCAGGAAUGUCCUGUGUGCAAGGCGGGCAUCAGCCGGGAUAAAGUCAUCCCUCUCUAUGGGCGGGGCAGCUCUGCUCAACAGGAUCCCAGAUUGAAAACUCCCCCCCGACCUCGAGGGCAGCGCCCGGAGCCUGAGUCGCGAGGGCAGGGCAUCGGCAGUUUUCCUGAAGCAGCCACAGGCUUCCACAUGGCAUUUGGCAUUGGCGCAUUCCCCUUUGGCUUUUUUGCUACGGGCUACAGUGGCCCAGGAGAAAGAGCAGAUACAGAGGCGGCUAGACCAUCAAGCUGGCAGGAUUCAUUGUUUCUUUUCAUUGCCAUCUUCUUUUUCUUCUGGUUGCUCAGUGUCUGACCGGCUGGACCCCACUGAGCUUAACCUGUACUAAAGUCUAUGAGAACUGAACAAAAGGACUUUGAUAUUGGGGGGUGGGGGGGGAGAAUAGUUUCUGGGUGGGUGGGCUUGCUUGCUGAAUGCAUAGGAGAGGCAGGAGGAAGUUAACACUGUAUGGUGGGGUGUAAUCUGGGCAGGGCAAAACUCUCUCUCACCUUUUUUCCCAUCAUUCCUCCCCCCCCCCAAGAGAAUUAUACACAAUCCCAACCUAAUUAUGGAUUGAUUGGGAGUAAGUAUGCUAGGAUGAUCAAGGAUAGAUUCUUUCCAUUCUGUUCUUCAAAGAAAGAACUCAAAUGUGAGGGUCAUCUCGAAGUCAGUGGGGAGGAGACGAGGGAGCUGACGGAAGCACAUGCCAGCAACUCAUUAUUUCCAGGUUACUUAAAAGCAGGAGGAAGAAUUGGGUCCGGCCUUGUGCGUGUCCCCCUUUUUUCCCUGCUCUGGUUUCAACCACGGUAGCGUUUGCUUGUCAAUCGGCAAGCAGUCUGCCCAUUGAGAAAAAGUAGCUAGACCCAUCUCUGUGUAAAAGUACACUAAUCAGGGAAAGGGAUUUUGUAGGGCAAGCAAGGUUGGGGUGGGACAGAUUCUAUCUCUUGCCACAGACAAGAAGUUGGGGGGGGAGGGACCCAUUUUAUUCAGCCACAGAAAGUGCUUGUGGGAAGGGGAGCAAGAGCUGUUGCAGGAACAAGUUAAACAUACGGUUUGGUCCCAUAGGAAGUGGCUGCGUAUACUUUUAACUUGAGGCCAGGUGAUCCCUGAAGAGCUUCUCUUGGCUAUUUUUCGAUAGGGCAAACUGCCAGAGUUUUGAGAAUGUAUGUGGUAUUGUGGGUAUUUUCCCCUUUCUCUCUCCCUCACUUUGAGGAGGGCUAUUAAUCUCUUACUACUCUGUUGGAGUAACACAAGGUCCGGAGAUGAGGAUGCUGGACGUUGGUUGUUAAUUCUCCAUCCACCCACCUCCAGCUCUUCCAAUAAUGUUGGGAAAUGUUUGGGGUGGAUGAGGCGAAGGUUGACCACUGGAUAUCUUAGUCCUGAAUAACAGUAUUUUGUGGCCCAGAAGUUGCUUGGAUAAUGAUUUCUCCCUUCGUUUGGGGUGACAGAGAAGGGAUGUGAUGUCAAUUAACCAAUGCUUUAAUUAAAUUCACCCAUGAUUCCUA